UUUGCCAAUCACACCGAAUGUGGAAGAACGCGCUUGUUGUGUUCGCGUGUUGUCGUUACAUCGACCGCUCACACGAUUCAACGACAAGAUCUGAUUGAAGACGAUGCCUUUUUUCCCACGCGCUACCCAUUGUAGGAUCUGUCGUCACGUGGAUCUUGAUGCAGCUAGACUCGCAUUCUCCCAGUCCAAUUCUACGUCCAGUUUUUCACAUCUCAGAGUACUUCCCAUCUGAAAUCUUCACCUCCAUGAGUUUUAUGACAUUUUGCAUCCAGAUCCCGCCAUCUUUGAUACGAAAUAGUGUUGUCCAUUUCAGAUUCACCAUAGCUAUCAUCUUGUCUACCAGUUCGGUCACCACAUCACUCGCCUCUCCCUGUUGGAGCCCAAAAAAGGUUUCGAUCUCGAGAGACGUGAAAUCCCUUUAGCACAUGCUAUACGAGCUACCUUGGAACCAGAGUCCAGGUUAUCAAGGUUCAAUUCCAUUUACUUUCAUUUACAUACCUUCCUUACAGUUACUUCAAGCAGCGUCCUGCUUCCACUUUGCUUCCACUUUGCACGAUCAGAAUCCCCGUAUAAGCAGAGCUUGGAGUACUCUGGGUCGUUCUUCUUACACCGCGCUAGAAGUAUCAUGCAGUCGAGUUGUGUCAGAAAGUUCAGUUUUCUUCGAGUGAACGAGGCUUGCGGAUCGAGUAGGGGGACUCUUUAGGCUCGGUUACAAUUCUCCCGCGCGCUUAGGAGCAAUCGGUUCUUGCUCUUUUGAGGACAGAAUGGAAGGAGAAGGUGCGUCUAUGCUUAGUCGCGCUCCUGAACUUGCGAUAGGGGAAAUGGAAUCUGUAGACGAGGAGCCAGAGCUUCCGCCCGCUGUCCAAGACCUUAUACGGCGUCUGGGAGGGAAAGCCAUGCAUGUAUCGUUGCCUCCCAUACUAAGCUGUCCAGAAUUAGAGGAUUUCUUCCCGGAGCGUGCACCGCUCUCGACGAACACAGGGUGGCGAAGCCAAGUGCGACUUCGAGUGCUGGAGGCAAUCGGCAGCUGCAGGAGCUUUGAAACGCUGAUCGUAGAAGGUAUUUGUGGCCGUCAUAUAUCCAGAUUGACCGCUAGCGAGUGGGAGGUAGUCUUGAGAGGUUUUAAUUCCAGCAGCGUUCUACGAGAGAUGGAAAUUGGCCAACUGACAUGGAGUUCCGAGGCGGAAGUGGAAAGCUUGGGUUUACAGCUGGGGGUAAUUCUGAAUAGCUCUAGUGUAGCACAUUUGACGAUAGAGGAUUGCAGAUUGACUCCGAGAUUUUUCUUGAAUCUCGCAUCAGGACUGCGAGAAAAUUACCAAUCGAAACUCAAGUCUUUACAACUACGUCAGGCCUGGGAGAACGCAAGUGCGGUGAAGUAUGUCGUUGAGAUGUUGAACGGUGAUAGUCGAUUAGAAACUUUGAGUUUAGGCAAGCACUCGCGCGAGGGGUAUAGGCCGUAUAUGUUAGAAUAUCACAUUUUGUACAAAAGGGACGAGGCGGCCGUUCGGCUCUUGUCACAGGCUUUGAAGCAGAACUCGUCGUUAACAAAAUUGGUUUUAACUGAAGUGGAGGGCGGAUCUGCCGCCUUAUUGCUGAAUGCAUUGGCCGGAGAUGAUGGCAACCGAUCGAUUGAACGUCUUGAGCUGAUAGAAAUAUCUGGACUCGGAAAAUUUUUGAGAGAAAUUUUCAUUUCCAAUCGAUCAUUGAGGGCAGUGAUGUUGAACAACAUGGCCAUGCCUCUGGAGGAAUGGCGCUUGCUAGGCGAAGCCAUCCGUGACAAUGCCACAGUGACAAAUGUUUCCAUAAGUACCCUUUUAGAAUCAGGACUUCUUUUGGAAGAACUAGAAGAGCUUGCCUGCGCAGCUAGCUCGGAUGGGAAGGAACCCGUGCUGCAUCUUGAAAACCUACCUCAGGAUUACGAUGAAGUAGUGUCAGCGUUCAACCUUUUAGGCAGAGUACUGCGAGGGGAAAUCAAGUCUAUACAAUCUUUUUGUCUGUAUCAGUUAUUUUCUUCCAUUUCAGGUGGGUUUAGAACUGGCAAUCAAAAGAGUAUGGAAAGUAUUCUUCCGAUGUAUGGAAAAACGGGAGAAACCUCAGUCUUGAGUAGACUCAAAUUAAAGUUGUAUAACGAAGAUAUAUUCAAGGGAGUCUGGAAGCAACUACUUUGGUGCUUACGUGGUAACACAAGAGUCACUAGCUUGACUUUGUCUAUCCCUUUAGGGUUAGGGUCCAUCCCCUGGCUUUCAAGGUAUGAAGGAUUCAAGGAAGAGUUCAGGGACCUGAUGAGGCUCUUGCAAGUGAACUUGACUCUCAGGGAAAUAGAUGUGUCUGAGACCCCGUGGCAAGCGGACGGAAAGGCUGCGCGGAUUGAAGCGGCCCUCAAGCAAAACCAGCAGCGAGCCGUGUACAUGACCGCGUUCAGAGAAGCCCAACUACAAUUUGGAGAGGCAAAAGCUGGCCGACUCUUCUUAUGCGGCUCUCCUAGAGCAGGCAAGACUCAGUUGCGUCAAACCCUGAUGACGAUAAUUCAAGGAAAGAGUUGGAUCGGGAACAAAUGGGAUGAAUUGCGGAGGACUAAAGGAAUUGAAGUUGAGUUCUUGCAAAACAAUGACAAAAUGCAAAUCUCAGUUUGGGAUCUUGCUGGACAUUGGAUUUUUCGUACACUUCAAACUGUACUCUUCCCUCAAACCAGCGACUUUUGUGUUUUUCUUUUUGUGUAUAGCCCCUACCGUGAGGAAACAUCUUCUCGCAAACUAGACUCUUGUUUCCGGAAUGAGUUGGAGGGCUGGCUGACUUUCAUCGCAUCCAGCAUGAAGGUCACCGGCCAUAAUCUUCCACAAGUUCUUGUUGUAAUUUCACACAAGGAUAAAAUGUCUUCCAAUUCUUUGACUUGGGCUCACUCCAUAGUGGAAGAACUUAGAAAAAUUUUUGCAAACUAUGUGGAUCUCCGCCCUAUUCAAGACUUUCUUUAUGUUGAUUCUCGGAAGAAGAAGCAAGUGAUUCCUCUCAAAAAUCACAUUUUUGAGAUCUUCGAGAAUUUGUUUAGUGAAAAAUCUCCACUUGUUCCCCAAUUGUGUAUUCAACUCUCUGCCCUUCUGCUUUCAAACAUCAAGGCGAACAGAACAUGCCCUCUUUGGCCAUUGAAAAAGUUUCAUGACUUUUGUGAUCGCAGUUUGAAACAGCUCAUUCCAUCAUCUUCUGCUAACUCUGUUGAUCAUUCACGGAUAUUAACUUCCCUCGUUUCCUACUUAAAUGAUGUUGGAUCCAUCAUUUAUAUUCCCAACCUUGAUCACAUUGUCGUGGAUCCGAACUGGCUCACGAAUUCAUUUUUGGGUGAGUUGAUAGCUGUGGGUCAACUUUUUCAAGCUCAAGAGUCCAAGGCUUAUGGGAGAACGAUCUCAAGGGACUCAACCGAAAGCAAGGACGGAUUUGUGAAUGAGAGUGUCUUUGAUCAGUUGAUGGAAACGUUCCUGGGAAAACAACCACGUCUUCAAAAUGUUGACAGAGAGAUCCUCGAGAAGAUUCUUUUCAAUUUAGACUUGGGUUUCAAGCUUGAAGAUACUUCUCAAUAUUUCAUUCCCUCCUUCAUCCGUGAGCAUGCAAGCAUGGAAGAACAGAAGCAUCAAAAAGGGGCGCACGCGAAGUCGAUGGCAUGGGAUUCGAAGGUUGCAACUUCACAGUUUGUCGGCAUUCGAAUUCAAUGCGAAGAUCUAAAAACAAUGUCAUUGACUGCUGCCUUUUUUCCACGCUUUCAGGUGAGACGCAAGUUGAUAUCCGAGAUGCAUGUUUCCAAGGAGACGGUGACAUUCUCCCGACAUUACUUGAGACUUUAUCUCGAUGGUCAUCAAAUUUUUGUGGAGCACGUUCAGAGUGAAAAUUCCCACAAUUACGUAGAUGUUCUGAUGUUAUGCUCGGAGCAUAAGUCAAAGGAAGCGGCCAUCAAAUAUGUUCUGGAAAAUAUUGUCCAUGAGUUAAUAUCAUUUUGCGCAUCACCCAAUGGCUGUCCUGGGGUGGCGUUAGUCCUCGGUGUGAUCCAAACAAUUUGCGUGGAGAUGUUGAUUCCGAGUCAUCUAAGAGGAGCCAUUCUGAUUAAGGAGCUCAAAUCAGAGUUCUUUGAUGACAUCAAUAAGAAACUUAGGGGUAUUGCGUUGGAUAGGUCGCAAUUGGUGAAGGAGGAAGAGUUGCUCCACUAUGAGUAUACAUGGCCUCCGAUUCCAGCUUUGCACUUAAACGCAACAUUCGAAAAGGCUACGAAUUUGCUGUGGAAGAGCGAUGUGGAAGCUGUUGUGAAUGAAAUUCGACAGAAGCGCAAUCAACAAUUGGAGUCAUUGCAGCAAAGCCUCAUCAGAUUGAACAAUGAUUUGGCUCAGUCUCACCCUGAAAGCGAGAACAGGGUUACCAACUCGAGUUUACCUCACAUAAAAGAUUGCAAUCUAGCUUUAGCUACCUGCUCAAGACAAGCCAGCACAAGUGUGGACACCCAACUUGUUUUGUCCGAGAUCCAUCAGCUAGGAGAAAAGGUUCACAGUGUGCAUGAAACUGUGAGAUCAGUGAAGAGCAUUGUGCAGGGAUUGGAUGUGAAGAUGGAACAGAUUAUAUCCCUGCAACAACAACUACAGUCAACGUUGGGUGCCUACAUGUCUAAAGUUGACAGGGUCAUUGAGUAUUCAGAAUCACAUCAGCAGUCUAGAACGCCCAAACGACCUUACGUCACAGACGAUGUUGGCAUUUUUUACAGGAUCAGUGCAAGUCUGCAUCUAGGAACAACCGUUCGCUUACGCUUGAUGUGUGAGGCCGUCACUGGGUUUCACCCCGUCAAAGAUCAAGAAGGUUUGAGGCUGCGAUUGGAUCGGGAGAAUAGCGGAUGGAUUCCAAGAGUUAUUGAGAUUUCAUACAAAGUCAUGUAUUAUGCUGCAAAGGCCGGACUGGAUGGAACCCUCGGGUUAGGUGAAGCUAUUCCGCAAUGGGAUGAUCUAAAAACUGAUAUUGUUAAGCUAGAUAAUAUUAGUGAUAUUGAUCGUUGGGCAAUUCGAAAUGGUGGGCAUAGCGUGCAGCUCAACGAAGCAUGGUUGAGGAUUCAGCAAAUUCUUGCGCCUCAGCUUAGAGAUAGCAUUCCCAGAAUCUUCAAGUUGUGUCAGGUGAAGUACGUGAGACAACAAAAUGGUGGGCAUGCAUGGGUGUGCGCGGAGUGCAUGUGCAAAGGUAGUCUUUCCGGAAGUUUGACAUGUUAGGACUUUAAAGAGGUUAGAAUGUCAUUAUGCAAUUGAGAAGCAUAUGUUUAGACCCUCUUGCAAUAUAAACCUUUGCAUAAUCCUCCUUACAGUUUUCGCUGGUUUUAGGCCUUUUAUAAGUUAUGCAGUCAUGUCAAUCCGCGCAGU